GGCGCUCUAGGUCCAUCGGUUUUCGUCUCUAUGGCCAUAAGAGGCGGUCCCGGGUGUUCUACUAAACAGCCGACUUGGAGGCGGUGCGAGUCAGUUCGGCCAGCCGCUGUCAGGGCAACAUGGCAACCGUAAGAGAAAAUGUCAGUUUAUUAUUCAAGUUAUACUGCUUGACAGUGAUGACCCUGGUGGCUGCAACUUACACCAUAGCUUUAAGAUAUACAAGGACAUCAGAUAAAGAACUCUACUUUUCCACCACAGCCGUGUGUAUCACAGAAGUUAUAAAGUUAUUGCUAAGUGUGGGAAUUUUAGCUAAAGAAACUGGUAGUCUGGGUAGAUUGAAGACAUCUUUAAGAGAAAAUGUCUUGGGAAGCCCCAAAGAACUGAUGAAGUUAAGUGUGCCCUCAUUAGUAUAUGCUGUUCAGAACAACAUGGCUUUCCUAGCUCUUAGCAACCUGGAUGCAGCAGUGUACCAGGUGACUUACCAAUUGAAGAUUCCCUGUACUGCUUUAUGUACUGUUUUAAUGUUAAACCGGACACUCAGCAAAGUACAGUGGAUUUCAGUUUUUAUGCUGUGUGGAGGAGUUACACUUGUACAGUGGAAACCAGCCCAAGCUACAAAAGUCAUGGUGGAACAGAAUCCAUUGUUAGGGUUUGGCGCUAUAGCUAUUGCUGUAUUGUGCUCAGGAUUUGCAGGAGUGUACUUUGAAAAAGUUUUAAAGAGUUCAGACACUUCCCUUUGGGUGAGAAACAUUCAAAUGUAUCUAUCAGGGAUUGUUGUGACAUUAGUUGGCGUCUACUUGUCAGAUGGAGCUGAAAUUAAAGAAAAAGGAUUUUUCUAUGGUUACACAUAUUAUGUCUGGUUUGUCAUCUUUCUCGCAAGUGUUGGAGGCCUCUACACUUCUGUUGUGGUCAAGUACACAGACAACAUCAUGAAAGGCUUUUCUGCAGCAGCAGCCAUUAUCCUUUCUACCAUUGCUUCCGUGAUGCUGUUUGGAUUACAGAUAACUCUUACCUUUGCUCUGGGUACUCUUCUCGUGUGUGUUUCUAUAUAUUUCUAUGGAUUACCCAGACAAGACACUACAUCCAUCCAACAAGCAGAAACAGCUUCCAAAGAGAGAAUCAGUGGUGUGUGAUUUCAGCUGCAAAAGAGAUUCCUGCUAAGAUUAAACCAUUUGCAUUAAACUAGAGCCUUAAAUCAAUCCCAGAAGGUAGCUUAAACACACACAUGUAUCAAAAUUAACUGUGUGGCAUUAGAAUUAAGAAGAAAGUGAGUGAAUUGCUACAGAAGAUUUAAUGUGACCUGUCUGGGGUAAACACAUUUUGUUUUAGAAUGAAGGAAUUUUUAUUAUCUAUAUGUAUAUAUAUAAUGUAUAUAAAAAGUAUGGAGAUGAUAUGGUAUUAAAAAAUCAUGUGAGGCUAUAAUAGUCAAAUAAUAAGGUUUGGGACAAUGUUAAAGGUUAAAGUGCCAAAGCCAUUUCUGUACUAACUGCUAUCUUGUUCAGGUACCAGAGGAGAAGGAUGGCCCCUCCUUGUUCUCCAAUUUAUGUACAGUAUUUUGCCCUAAUAGCAGUGAAGACCUAGUUCUUUUCUUAUAGGAGAGGCAAAAACAAGACAGGCUAGUGAGAAACAAUCAAGUGUGCACCUUCUCAAACUGAGUAUUUCAUAACUCAGAUGGUGGUUUCUAGGUGGUGACUGAGUACACUGUUAAGUGCUGUAUUUGUGCCAUUCAUUGUCUGGAGUCAUAUUUCUUUGUUAGAUGAUAUACUUUUCUU